AUGGAGAAAAGUAAUCGGCGGAAACGCCCCUCAACUCCCCAUCUCAGCUGCGAGCUCUGCCGCGAGCGUAAGAUCAAGUGCGACAAGGUCGAUCCCUGCAACAACUGCGUCUCGGCAGGCGUGGUCUGUAUCCCUGUCCAUCGGCCACGCCUGCCACGAGGCGUCCAUGCGCGACGAGCUCGCCCAAUGUCCCCAACAUUCGUGCCCCCACGCGCGCCUACCCCUGUAGCGGGUCCGGUACCUUCAGAGAAAAAGCAGACAGAUCAUUCCUCCGGCGCCGUAGCGGCAGUUGACGACGACCUCAGGAGACGCGUCCACCGGCUUGAGGCGGUAGUCAACAGCAUGCGUGCGGCUAUGCAGGACUCAUCUCCGGCAACUGUUAAGCAGGUUAGUUGCGAAUACUGGGGCAUAGUCGGGCGUGCUGACGAGGAGAAGUCUGUUCUCAACGAUUCAUAUCCGGCGCCAACAAGCUCAUUGGCAUGCAAUGCGUCCAUUCCAAUGACUGUCCAGGGGCAACCGCCAUUUGAGUCGCGCCCUGAUUGCUUCUGGAAUAAUAUGGUCGGAGAGAUAGAACACUUUGGUGGCGACGUAGGAUCAAGCUCAGAGACCAAAUCGGAUGACCAUAGCUCGCUAGCACCUAACAUGCCGAGAAUGGGCGACGGCGGGCUCCGUUUCCUUGGCCUGAGUGGAAAUAAUCCGACUCUUACCUGGACUCCAGUCCUUGAAGGCAAAGAAAUGACCAGGCAGUUAUGCCAGAUCUACCUCCAGCAAGUCGACCCCAUCAUUAAAAUCCUGCACCGCCCAACGGUCGAGAAGUGGAUGCUACACGGGGAGCGGUACCUUGAUUAUCCCGAGAGGCACGUUGCCGUUGAUGCGUUGCGGUCUGCCAUCUGUUACGCUACUGCCGCGAGCUUGACCGAUGAUCAAUGCUCGGCCAUAUUUCAAAGGAGCAGGUCCAGCGGCAUUGUGGAGGAUUUUCGAAGAGAGUGUGAGACUGCACUGGAGAGAAGUGGGUUUCUGGUCUCUCCCAGUAUCACUGGCCUACAAGCAUUUGUGCUUUAUCUUAUUGCCAGAAGGUCAGAAGACCGUGGUCAGGCCGCAUGGACACUGACAGCGGUGGCUGUGCGACUGGCAAAAGCACUCGGUCUCCACCGCGAGCGAGAUGAGACAUUCUUCAACCAACAGAUGCGCAGGCGGUUGUGGCUCACCAUCUCACUGAUGGACCUGCAGGCCUCCUUCAGCCAGGCCUCCGAGCCCCUCAUCAGCACUGAAGAGGCCACCUCCACAUUCUUUCUGCCCAAGCACAUCAACGACUCGGAUCUGGAUCCAACAAUGACCCAUGAAAUUCCGGACAGGGAGGGUCUGUGCGAUACCACAUUCGCGCUUGUCACAUACCACAUCCAGCUGGCAGGGAGAGCCCUGAAUUUUGGCACCACGGCGUCGCCCCAGCACAAGGCGUCUCAACAGCAACAUGCGCAGCGCUUUGAGGAGAAUGCGCUGCGCUUGUUGCACUUUUGCGACCCCGAAUCCUCGCCGUACGCGUGGUUCACAUGGCACGGCACGCAAUGCCUCGUCUCUGGAGCUCGGCUGUCCGCUCUACGGCCGCUCCAGCUCCCGCAACCCAGUAACGGCAGUAGCCAGCCACCCUCCUCGCCGUCUCCGAGGCCGCAGGAGCACAACCACGAGCUCCUCCGCCUGGCCCUCAACGUCUUGGAAAAGGCACACCUGAUGCACACAGAUCCCCGCGGCGAGGGGUUCCGCUGGUACGUGACGAUGCCGUGGCACGCGCUAGCGGUCGCCAUCAACGAGUGCUCCCUCAGCCCGGAUGUGGUCCGAAUCCAGAGCGCGUGGCCAACCAUUGAGGCGUGCUACCAGCUGCUGCGCCGCAAAGGGGUUGCGGGCCAGGAGGAAGCAAUUCAGCGUCCACUGGAGAAAUUGAUAUGUCAGGCCCGGGACAAGGCGAGCCCUCUUUUGCAGCUCGCAAGGUCGAGCCCGACAUUCAGCCUUGGUAGCAGUACUGGGACAUCUGCUGCCCCCACGCCGCGUUCUCGGGCCAGCAGUACCCCAAGUGACACCCUCAGCGACCUGUCCUGGCCGACAGCUUUCUCCCAUGCUCCUUCCCAGCUCGGCAUGGAAUUGGCUCCAGUUGGUCCCGUACAGCCGUUCGCCAAACUCGAUCUGGAUUCGUUGCUGUCACAGUUCGAUAUUCAGGGCCAGCCGCUGCUUGCCGGCCAGAUCCCUCCAGUGGACGCUGAACUGUCGUUGCGGACGUGGGAGCAGCUGAUGUCGGACAUUGAUGCCGAGUCGAACCAGCUUCUUCCUUAG